AUUACCCUAAAUAGAAAAUAAAUUAGUAAAACUUAAGAGUGCGGGGUUACCAAGGAGACAAACUUCCCAUUAAUGCGAUGAAAUGCAGACAUUUGAUGUGUGAAGAUAAAAACAAGUAAUUAUCACAUGAACAAAAUAUAUUAUGCAUUUCCAAUUAAGUUGUCACGUUAGCAAAUGAUCCAAAAAAAUGAAAACGAUGUCCAUGAACAAUUAAUUGGACAUUAUUAAUGCAUAAGUUAAACUAAUGAGAGUUUGAAAAGUGUUUCGGAGGCCAAAACUACUUAUAGCUGCCAUGUUAGUGUUUUUUCGACUUGUUUGUGUGGACAGAGAUGGAAAAAUGUGUCAUGAUAUUGUGUAUGGCGAGUGUGUAUGGUCGCAAUGAUGGAUAUCAACAAUAUCUUCACAUUAGCAGAGCCUCCUCCGUGUUGAUUGGAUGGAUGAUCGGCACGCUCACAUAAACCGUCAAUCAGCUGGUCGCCAUGGAAACAGAUAGGCGCGUAACGUGCUGUGUGUCUGCUCAAGUCUCUGAGCGCGGCGGAUCUAUGAGGGGAUUUAUAACCGCUCUUUGAAUCUCAUCGCCCUAGACAACCGUGAAAAUAGUUUGUCGUGCUCUUCACUUCACAGCAUCUCCACAUCUUUAAGCUGACAGUAUGUAAGCGAAGAAAAUGCUUGUGUAACUGAUCAAGAAUUGCCAUUGUGGACUAUUAUUGACUUUGGUACCGUUUGACUAACCAUGUCCACACAAGAGACAGAAUUACCCGACAGUCAGGAGAGGGUGGGUUUGAAGAGAAAACUGACAGGUCCACCGAGACUUUUGCUGGGGAAGUCGAAAUCAAGGGAGAAACUGGAAGGUAAAUCUCAGAGAAGGCAAAGACAAGCUACAAGUUCUGAUGGCACAGUGGAGAAUACUGAACAAGAAAACAAUGAUGGAAAUGAAUCCACCCUUACUACCCACCACAGCCCUGAAAAACCCUCAGAAGAGAAGGAAACACAGCCAGGUGUUCCAGAAGAUACCUCAGGAAUUCUUGUAACAUUGGAGGAGAGUGAAAGCAAAGAUGAAAACAUGGAAAGUAAAACCAAAAUGAUCAGAAGCACUUCAAAAACAUCCAUUAAAAGGACGUUUUCCUCACUCCUCAGGUGUGGAAAGAGGAAGGAAUCAGAGGUAACAGAAAACAAAACUCUGAAUCCUCAAAAAACAAAGAAAAACAGAAACAAAGCUCAACACAAUAUGUGUAACUCCACGGAUGAGAAUAAACUGAGUGCUGCCAACAAGGAAGUUCCUAAUGGGAAAAAUAAAACUAGGGCUUUUUUCACAGUAUGGCCCAUUUCUAAGAGAUCUACCACAUCCAGUGUCAAUCUAGGAAGGGGAUAUAGAGAGCAAGAUAAUAGCAUGGCACCAACAGGUUUGACAUUCAAAAAGAUCUACCGCAUCUUUCCGAGAAGGAAGAAAGCACCUCCUAUUGAUCAGUUUGAGUGUAAUGCUCCCAGUGAAUCACAAACAGAAGUAGCUGAUCAACUGAAUCAAUCACCUGCAGCUGCUUUGAACAUUUCCAGUAUUGAGAAAGAAGAGAAUCAAAAGGAGGAACAACACAUAAAAGCAGAAAGCCUUCCAGAGACAUUUACAUUCAGUGCGGAGGUCAGCGUUAACACAAAUAUUGUGUCUGACCACAAGGAUGAUAAGGAAAUACGUCCUGACCAAGAUGUUAGUUUAAAUGAAGACGAAAACCAGGUGUUAAAAUCUGGACUGGAUUCUGAGGUUCUGCCAUCAUGUUGCAGGGGCCGUACUUUCGACUCUGAGUUUCCAGGCACAUCCUCAGGUGGUGAUCUGGUAGUCUUAAUUGAGAAGCCUGUUAAACAUGAUGUCAGAUGCAGGCCAGUGAUUACUAUAGAGCAAGCAUAUUCAUCAGAGGAAGAGAACGUGAAUGAGAUACCUCAGUUUGAUGGUCUUACAGUGAAUGGGUCUUGGCAACAUUUAAGAAUAAACAGCCUAACAAACAACACACUACAUCCUUCUGACCUAAAUGUGUCACCUGAACCAGACCACAGCCGUUGUAAUGAGACCUUACUGGUUCAGACGGCAAUUUCAAUGGUGCAAGCAGCCAUACGUGGCGCUGUGGAGCAACUAACGAUUGAGCAGCAGCAGAAUCAGAUAAGUUUGGACCAUGCGUAAACACACAUAUUCAUAUUCUUUAUUCAGCAAAUGGUUUCAUGUUUCUGUAAGAUGGUAUAAAUAAAGCUUUUGCGUAAAAAAGCGAAGAGGAAUUUCAUGUGAUUUAAAUGUCAGAUGACAUUUCAGUGUGUAUAAACAUUGUAAUCUUUAAAUUGUUGAUGUUAGAUUGUGGAAAAGCUUGUAAUUACAUGUAAUUUUAAUGCUGUAAAUUUGUACUUGCAUGAUUAACCUUGUCAUAUAUUCAUUAAAAGAUUAGUUCACUUCCAGAAUAAAAGUUUCCUGAUAAUUAGCUCACCCCUCAUGCUAUCCAAGAUGUUCAUGUCUUUCUUUUCUCAGUCGAAAUGAAAUAAAAAUAUACUUUUUAACCACAAAUGCUCAUCUUGCACUAGCUCUGUAAUGCCAUCUGUGAGUUCACACAUUACGUAAUCACUUUGGAAAGAUCACACGCAGUUAGGUCUUCGUCGGUGUACUCUGGUUCAAAAAGGUAGGGUAGGGUGAAAAACUCCAUCUCAUUUUCUCCUCCAAUUUAAAAAUCAUCCAACGUUGUUUUACCUUUUUUGUAAAGGAGAUUUGACUUUCUUUGCACAUUUGCUUUGUAAACACUGGGUCAGUACUUCAAUCUGGGUCAUUCCAUGAAAUCGGUGCCUUUUCCACUUGGAAAAAUUUUAAAAUAAAAUGUUUAAUCAAUAUUUUUUAAAUACCCAUGAAAUGAAGACACUUUAAAACAACAAAGAAAUGUACUGUGCUAUCUCAAGCUAUGUUAUUUUAUAACUAUUUUUUCUACCUCAUGUUUUGGUAUUUUUGUCAACCCUGUUACCGACACAAGCAUUUCUAGAUUCUAUAGUUUAUUUAAAACUCAUACGCUACUGAAUGAUAUAGCUCAUUAGCUCAAUAAUAUACCGAGGGUGACCUCUAAAAUGUUUUAAGUUUUAGUUUAAAAAAUUUUAUACAGACAGUUUCUAAAAACAGGGUCAAACCUAAUCAGUCAUCCCUGUUACCCACAUAUCAAGACCUGUUACUCUAAAAAUUAACAGGUUUGACAAUUUCAAACAAAUUCGCUAAUUGCUAGCUAAUAGUCAAGUUCACAAAAGCACAUAUUGUACACUUUGAAAGGAUUUUACUAUAUUGAUUAUAUUAAAUGUAAGAAAUAAUUGUUAAAUUUACAUUUUAAAAAUGGUAAAAGGACUGACAUUGCCUCAUCCCCUUUUAGUCAAGUUUCAUACAUGUUAAAAAUAGAACAUUAUAGAGGAGUGAGAGAAACAUGUUUGUGUUUUAAGUGUUGGAAUCCUUGUUGAGGAAUGAUGUAGCCUCCAAGUGAUGUCACUUAAAUGUACAUUAUUUACAAGGGGUUUUUUUGAUGAUGGUAACAGGGCUGACAUGAAAUCAGGGGACACCAAUAAAAUGAUUUGUAUUUUAUAGAGAAAAUGCAUACUUGUGCAAAAAACAUUGGAUAACAAUGAGACUAUAUUUAAAACAACAAUUUGUAAAUGUGAUUUUUAUAUAAUUUUGCCUUUAUUUUGCUAAUUAAAAGUCCGAAAAAGAAAAAUCAUAGUGAGGGACAAGCCCAAAACCUUACCCUUACCGGCAUAAAUGCUAUUUAAAAGAUUACCAUUAACAUUUAAUUUACUUUUUUAUGCAAUAUUAAUGAAAGCAAAUGCAGUAUUGUUAUGUUUUUAAGGUGCACAUUUAUUUGUUGUUAUAUUAAAUCUAUGUUUGAUUUUUUUUUAGGGACCAAAAAGCAUGAUUUUGUGGAAUGACCCAUCUAUGUCACGCUUGACCUUUUCAAUGUGACUAGGUAAUACGUGAAGUCAAACUAGUACAGGACGAGCACUUGUGGUUAAAAAGUAUAGAAAUUUUCAUUUAGGAUAAGACCCUUAUGGAUAAAAUAUGGAUAAAAAUCCUAAAUUGUUUCCCUAAGAAGCCUUAAUUUCUUUUCGA